AUGAAAUUAAGAGGAGGAGGAUGUGGAUCUUCAAAAAUUAUAAAUCCUACAAAAAUAUAAGUCUAAAAUACAAAAACAACACCAGGAUUGACAUCUUAAAUAAAGUUUCAUUGUGAUAGAAUCUCAAGAUCAUCAGUGACAGUUUUAGAUUAAGAAAACAAUCUAAUGAAUAGUUUUCAAUUCUUUUAAUUGAAUCAAAGAUAAAUAUGGAGUUUAGUAUGUAAUAUUGAAUUAAACUAAUAAUCAUUUGAACUUGUUUCAUAGAGUUUAGAUACACUAAUAUAAACAUUGUAAAAUAUUGUAAAAUAAAAUGUCGGAUAUUCUUUAUAUGUUUUUUAGAUCAUGACAUAAUUAUCUUGGAUAUUGUUUUCAUUUUAUAUUAGUAAUUCAGAAAGAUAUUUAGACAUUAAUAAAUAAUAAGUAAUGUUAAGAGAAAUGGCCUUAAUAAGAGAAUAAUUAAAAAUUGAAACAAGAAAUGACAAAUUAUUUAAUAAUUUAUACUUUGAAUUCUUUAUUAUUAAAUCUAUAAUUACAAUUCAACCUACAAAUUCAAAGGAAGCUGAGGAAAUAUUAAUAUAAUUUUUAGGUGGAGCACUUAAAUCAUUAGUCACAUUUACAAUUAAUGAUGAUCUAAUAUAAAGUCUUAAAAAGAGUGCUAUUUACAUUUAUUAAGAAGGAGUUAAAUAUAGUAGAAAGAGAAAAUUAGAAAUCAUAUUUUCACUUUAGUAAUUAAAAUUUUAUAUCAUGGAUGAAUUAGAGAAUGGAAAAGAUGCUAAACAAUUAGCAACCAUUCUAAGUAAAAUGUAUUGUGAAAUCAUUCGAGAAUCCACUGAUUGGGAAAUUUGGUGCAGUUGGAUUUAGAUAUUAUCUUCUUUAUUUCAAUUCAAAUUAACUGUUGAAGAAUUGAAAAUUGAAUCUUAACUUACUUAAUAUUUAUAAGGAAAAGAAUAUACAAUUCCUAAUUUUGAUAGUAAAUGUUAUAUUAUUAUUGACUAUUUCUAAAUUUAAAAUGAUGAAAUAUUAAAAUUAAUAUUCGAAAGUAGUUAAUCAUUGUAAGAAUUAUCAAAAUUUUAAUCCUAUAUUUUAAAUGAACAUGGAUUAUUAUCCAGUUAUGAAUAAUAAUAUUUUAAUAAACUAUCUGUUGUUUAAGCAACUAAUUCUACUUUUAAAAAUUAUACUUUUAGUUAAUCAUAAAUUUCUUAAUUAAUUAAUUCUGUUAGUGCAAUCUAAUAAGGAUAAUAAUAAUUGAUAGAAUUAUUUAAAUAAUUAAUUUCUAAUAAUGAUUAAUAAAAAAUUAAAGAAGCUGAAGAAAUGCUCUAAGAUUUAAUCUCUAAAAUUAUUUAAUUAAAAAGUGAUAUAGAACAUCUUGAAAUUAUUUAUUAAUCUCUUAAAAAUCAAAUCGAUAAAAACUUCACUCAUUAUUAAUUUCCUGAGACAGAUAAAAUUUUAGUCUAGUAUCUAUAGAAAUUCUUAAAUUGUUAAUUUUAAAGUUAAUAAAUUUAAAUAAUUGAUUUUGAUUCCAUAUUCUAAAUUAAUCAAGUAUCUUAAUUAUUAGAUCAUUUUUCAUAAGAUGAUAUAAAUCAUGAACUAAGAUAACAAAUAAUUUAAAAGACAAUUGAUCAAUCUUAAAUUGAAAAAUUGAUUGUUUCAUUAAAAAUGAAAAAAGAAAAAGCAAUAAACAAAAAUAAUGAUGAAAAUAAGUGGUUCUCUGGAUUUUAUAAAUCUUUGGAAUUAACCGAAAAAACAAAAUGUUUUAUUAAUUGGAAUUUAUAAAUCUAAGUUAUCUUGUCAAUCAGAUUGAAAAUGAUUAAUUCAUUUAAAGAGGAUGAUAAAUUAUAGAGUUUAAAAUAAGAUAUCAUUUAAUAAUCCAUGUUAAUAACCUCAUAUGAUCCUUUGUAAUCAUCAUUAUAAUUUAUGUAUAAUUAAUACUUAAAAUGCUAAAGUAGUAAAUUUCUUUAAAAAAUUCCUUUUGAUUAAUCACAUUAAUUUGCAAAAAUUUUAAAAGCUAUAACUAUUGAAAAAUUUAUAUCAAUUAAUUAGAUUUUAGGAAUUUUAACAAAAUAUUUAUUUAAAGAAACUCAACUAAGAAAUGAUAUAAGUAUUGACUAAGAAAUUUGUAGAAUAGUACAAGAAGAAUUAAAUGAUAACAUAAAUUACUUAAAUUAAGUUUGUAAUGGAAUUAAAAUGAUAACUGAUUUCUUAAGAAGUUAAAUGGAAAAUAAUUUAGAAUAAAAAGAUGAUCUUAUUAUUUUAAAAGAUUAAUCCAUAUUUCAUGAAAUAUAUCCAAAUUUUAACACUGACUCAUUAACUCAAUCAUAAAUUAUAUUAAGUUUGUAAAAACUAUCCAUCUAUUAAGAUGAAUUUUUAAAAUCAUUUGAAACUAUGAGAGAGUACAUAAAAAAUGAAGAUAAUGAAUUUUAUUAAUAUUUAGAAAAUAAGAAAAUUUCUAUUUCAAACAUAAUUGAAUUAAUUGAUAUAGUGAAAUUAAUGUAAAUAACAAAUGAAAAAGAUAAAUAAAUAGCAUUAUUUAUUUGUGACGAUAUUCAAAAAUAACUAAACGAAUGUUGUAAAUUAGUUAGAGGGACAUCUGUAAAAAUUGAAUAGAAAUAAUUUGAUUGGAAUGAUGAAAUAAAAUUUUAUGAGUCUUUAAUUGAUGAAAUAAAAUAAAUUAAAACUAGAUAAUAAGAGUAAAUACAAUAAUUUUAAAAUAUUUUGAUUAAUUCUGAAAAGGUAUAAUCUUAGAUUUUAAACUACACUACUUUAUUAAAAUUAGCUACAAAAAAACCUUAAUUUUUGUAUUAGUCUUAAGAAUCUUAUAAACUAUUGUAAGAUACAAUGAAUGAUUAUUGUAGCUAAUCUAUAGACAUUAAUAUAGACUAUUAAUACAUUUAAUAAAUGAUAUCAAUUAAAGAAUUUUAUUAAUAUCCUUUUGAUUUAGAACCAUAAAUAUAUUUUAUAUUAAACUAGAUAGAAAGUAAGGAUGAUUAGAAGAAAAAAAAUGAUUACUAUGAUUUGAUUUAGCAAGGAAUUAAUGAUUUAUUAUCAAAUAAUUAAUGGAGAAUUAGACAAUUUAUAGUUUAUGAAUUGAUUUAGAUGAGAAGAAGUUGUCUGUAAUAAAAUGCUUUGACACUCAAUUCUGGAUUAUAUAUAAGAUUUUAAGUUUAUGAAACUGAUAAGAGAAUUAAAUAAUUGUUUGAUGAUAAAUCGAUAUAAUUAUCUAAUUAAUUGAUGAGUAAAUAUUGGCCAAGUUAAGAAAUAAUUAUUUAGAAUAAAUUAAAAGACAAAUUAAAAGACUUAAAUGAAAUAGCUUAAUAAAUAUCAAUUGAAACAUCAGAAAAUUAUAAAUAGUAAUUAAGAAAGGAAUAUUCUAAGUUAGAAAAAGAAAUUUAAUAGAUGUUUGAAAAUGUUACUUAAAUUUCUAAUACACUUGGAAUAACAAUAAUAUUUCUUUAGGAUUUAAAGUAGGACUUAUUAAGAAUAGAAAAUUCAAUUAUACAAAUGUAAGAGACAUUAGAUAUCAUGAGCAAAGAUAUUAAAUAUUUAAAAGGUAGAACAAUAAUUGAAUUAUUAGAAUUAAGAAUGAAAAAAAUUUUAUAAUAAAGAUUGAUUUUCAAUUCAGAUAAUAUUUAUAUUCCAAUAAAAACAAAAGAAAAAUUAAAUGAUUCUAAAUUUUCUAAUGAAAAAACAAAUUUAUUUACAGAUGAUAUUUUUGGUGAUGGUGAGAUUAAUGAGUUUAUUUGGAAAUCAUCAAAAGAUAGUUUUUUAAUUCAUGGUUAAGCAGGAUCAGGAAAGAGUACUGCAGCAAGAAAAAUAGAAGAAUUUCUUUGGAUGUUUUAUUAAAAGAACAAAAAAAGUGAUUAUAUACCAUUAAUUCCAAUAUUUGUAUCUUUACCAUAAUUAAGAGAUCCUGUAUAUAAUUGUAUUGAAGAAACUUUAAAAUCUGAUAAUUAUAGAUUUAAUGAUAGAUAGAUUUAAGAUUUUUAAGAAGCUGUUGAAAAACGUAAAUUUAAAUUAGUUAUAAUAAUGGACAGUUAUGAUGAAUUGAAGACAGAUUAUGUUGGUUUAAAUUUGAAUAUUUCAAAUAAAUUAUCAAAAUGGAAAUGUUAAACAGAUAAAAAUAAAUUUCCUAAAAUUAUAACAACUUGUAGAACAGAAUUAUUUAAUAUUGCAGGUUAUAAUACAUGGUUUUUAUCUGAAUCUAAUAAUCCUUAAUUUUACAAAGAAGUUAAAUUAUUGAAAUUUAAUACCGAAUAAUAAAAAUUGUAUAUAGAUCAAUAUACAUUGCUUUGUAUUAAGAGAGAUAUUAGGGAAUUUUAUUUUAAUAAUAAUAAUACUUAAGAUUAUUCUGAAUAUGAAACAUAUUUUAUGGAUUUAUUGAAAUCAUUGAAUUUAGGAAGAAUAAAAUCUGAAAAUAUGUAUAUGCUUAAUUCUAAAGUAAUUCAGUAAAUUCUAUUUAAAUGUUCAAAUUUUGUUUCAAAAGAUAUGUAAAAAAUCUUAUAGUAAUUACUUUAGGAAAUAUGGUCAAGUGCAUAAUAUUAAAAAAUCAUCUAAAUUAUGAAAUUAGAUAAAGUUAUAGAGACACCAUUUAUGGCAGAAAUAGUGAUGGCUGUAUUGCCUUAUAUUGUGAGAUAGAGAUCAGAAAUUACAAAUGUAAAGAAUAGAUUUAUAAAAAAAUAUAUAUAUUUUGCAAGAAAUGAACAAUAAUUGUUAAAAGUAAAUUAAUUAGAGAAAUAAGCAUUAGAUGAAUGGUAAACUAUAUUAAAUAAUUAAAUUUUUAUGAGUGAAUAUUUGCAAGAAUAUUCUGAAAUUCAAGUUGAGAAGUUGAUUACAAAGUAUUUUUCGAAUAAUUAGAAAUUUUAAAUAAUUAAAAAUUCAUUAAUUUUAGAACCAUUAUCAACAUAUGAUUUUUAUAGUUAAUUUCUUGAACAUUAUUUUAAGAGAUAGAUUUAUAAAUUAAGGGAAGCAGGAGAAUCAAUAGAUUAUGAAUAGAUUGGAAAUGAAUUAUGGAGAUUUACUCAUCAUUUAGCAAAUUAAAUGACAUUUAGAAAUAUGACAUAAGUUUAUUUUUAACCAAGUGGUUUAAUUUUUAAGAAAUUAGAACCUGAUUGGAAAGAUGAAUUUUUUAAUGAUUAAUGUGAAGAAGGUGUUUAUAAAAGAUUAUUUAGAAAGUGUAUGCCAAUAAAAUAAAAAAAUAGUAUUUAUUCAUUUAAUCAUAAAUCAAUAUAAGAAUUUUUAGUAGCUAAAUGGUUUAUUGAAUAUUUAUCUAAUAUUAAGUUUCCUAUUGAUGAAAUGAUUAGAAAGUAAUUACAAUUAUAUGAAUUUUUUAAUAUGAGUUGGGAUUAUGAAUAUUUAAAAGGUUCAAUUAAUUUUAUUUCAGAUAAAUUAAGAUAUAAUGAAGAAUAAAAAUAACAACUUUUAUGUUUAAUUUAUUUAACUAGAUCAGAUGAUAAUUUUAUUACAGCAGGUUCAAAUAGUAUGUUAUUAUUAAAUGAAAUGGAUCAUUAAUUUAUUGAUAUGGACUUUAGUAAUAUUAAAUUGUCUUAAAUUACAUUAAGUGGAGCAAACUUCUUUAAUUGUGAUUUUUCUAAUUCAAUUUUUACUGGAGUCAAAUUAUCAUCUGUUAAUCUCAAUUUAUCAAGAAUAGUAAAUGUAUAAUGGACUGAUAUAUCUUUAAAUUAAUUACCAUAAAUAAAAACAAAUUUAGAAAAUGUUCGAAGUUUAACUUAUAUUGAUAAAGAGAAAUUGUUAAUUGCAAUUGAUGAUUAAAAACCAGAGAUGAGAUAAUAUGAUAUUUUUAAAAUAUAGGAGAUUAAUAAAAUUAAUAUAAAAAUGAUUCCUAAAAAAGUAAUUUUAUCAAAUAGUUAAAGAAUUUUAGCUUUAUAUAAUGAAAGUGAAAUUUUAUUGUAUGAUCUUUAUGAUAUGAAAAUGAUUUAAUUGAUUAAUUAUGGAUAAAGUUUUGAUAAAGAGAGGACUUGUUGUGUUUUUGGAUAUGAUGAUAAAUCAUUAUUCUUUGGUGGAUAUGAUGGGGUUCAUGAAUUAAAAAUUACAAUUGAAUUAGUAGAAAGAAAAGCAGCAAAAAAAAUUACAGAUAAAGAAAAGAAAAAAGGAAAAUUAUAAAAUUUAAAAGUAGAUUCUGAAGAUAAAAUUGAAAUCAUUUAAUAAUAAAAAGAUUUAAUUGUUUCUAGUAAUUAAUUUACAUAAAUAAUAAAUGAAUAAGUUUUAGAUCUUAAAUGUUGUAAGGUUUUAAUAAUGUAAAAAUAAUAUAAAACAAUAUGUUUAUAUAAUUAACAAGCUUAAUGGAUGAAAUAAGUUGAAACUAAAUUUGAAAGGGUUAAUUGUAUAGAUAGUAAUUUAGAAUUGAAUCUCUUAGCAAUAGGAAGUCGUAAGGGUGAAAUAAAUCUUUAUGAUUUAUCAAAAAUAGGUUAACCUGUUAGUUUAAGUGGACAUUAGAAAGCAAUAUCAUAAUUAAGAUUUUCAAUAGAUGGUAAGAUUUUAGUAUCAUCUUCAUUUGAUCAAUCAAUAAUAUUAUGGAGUACAUAAUAAUUAUCAUAAAUUAAUUAAGCUAAUUUCACAGCAUUUAUUAAAAUCUAUUCAUUAACUUUAAUAGCAAAUACAUAUUUAGCUGUAACUGGAUAAAAUUAAGGUUUAAUCUAAAUUUGGGAUCUAAAUAGUUAAGAUACAUCUAUUAUUAAUCCAUCAGGUCAUACAAAUAUAAUAUAAUGUUGCAUUUUUUCAUUUGAUGGUACUUGGUUAAUAUCGGGAUCAAAUGAUUUAUUAAUCAAAAUUUGGAAUACAUCAACUGGAUAAUAGAUAGGUUAAAACCUUGAAAAACAUCAAUUACCUAUAAAAAGUUUAGCUAUUUCAUAAGAUUCAAAUAUUUUAUGUUCUGGAGGUGAAGAUGGAUUCUUGUAUAUUUGGGAUUUACAAACAUUUUAAAUUAAAUAAGAAAUAAAUCAUUAUUUUUCUCAGAUUAUAAAUGUUUCUAUUUUUUAUUCAGAAGACUAAUACAAAAUAAUAACAUUAACUGAAGAAAAAUUACUUCAUCUUUAAAAUCUAAAUAAUUUAUAAGAAUUUAUAUUAAUAUAUGAUUAUAAGGAUGAAAAUAAAAGAAUUAUUCCUAAUAUCGAAACAAGGAGAUUAUUAGAUUUAUGUCGAGAUCAAUAAGAAGUGAAAUCAUUAGAAUCUUAUAAUAUAAGCAAUUAUAUAAAAAUAUAAAAUCAGUAUAUUACAGCUUUAGCUAUUAGUAAUAAUGGAUUAAAGAAAUUAAUUGGUACAAGUGAAGGAUAUUUAUUAGUCAUGGAACACAAGGAAAUGAUAUUUAAGAGUUAAGCUCAUAAAAAAAGUAAGAUUGAUAUCAUAUAUGUAUUAAAUGAUAAAUUAUUUAUUACUUCAGGAUAGAAUUUAAUUAUCUUUUGGAAUAUCGAUGAUUUUACUUAGUAUUCUAAUUAUUAAAGCAAAUUCACUAAAAUUAAUGACUGUUUUGUUCAGAAUGAUAACUUUUAUAUCUCUAUUGAUUUUACAAUUAGAAUAUGGAAUAUAAGUUAGAAAUCCACCAUAAAAGUAAUAAAGGAAAAAAAGAAAGAUCAUAUAUAUUCUAUUUGUAUGAAAAAUAAUAAUAUUAUAUAUGCAGGUACUUAGAAUGGAAAUUUACUCAUUAUAGAUCUCUAAAAAUCAGAUCAAUAUUAAGUAAUAUCUGAAAUUCAUCAUGGUAAAAUCACAAAAAUUGCUUGGAUAACUAAUUUAAAUUAAUUUAUUACAGCAGGAUUAGAUGGAUUAUUAAAAUUAUGGAAGGAUGAUAAACCUAUUAAAAUUAUAGAUACUGGUUUUACUAUAAAUUCAUUUUAUCUAUCAAAUGAUCAAAAUUAUUUUAUUUUACAUACUUUUGAAGGUUUAAGUAUAUGGACAUCUGAAGAUCUUAUUUUAUCUGAAAAAAUUGUCAAUUUAAAUGAUAAUUAAUCUAUUUUAGUUUUAUUUAACUAAAGGAGAAUUAUUUGGUCUAAAGAUGAUCAAUUAUAUUACAUUCCAAUACUACAAAAAAAGAUUAAAUAUUCAUUUGCUUAAUAAUCAAAUAAUCAUUUUCCUAAUACAUUUCUUAUAAAUGAAAAUGACAUCAUAUAUUCAGGAGACAAUAAUGGCAAACUUGGAUUUUGGAAUUAUAAAGGGGAAAAAAUUAAGGAUUUUCUAAAUUAACAUGAAUCCAAUAUUAUUUGUUUAAGUUAAUCUAAUGAUAAAUCAAAAUUAGUUGUUGCUUUUAAAGAAUUAAUUUAAGUUAUUUCUAUUGAAACUUUAUAAGUAAUCUACGAGUAAGAUUUUAAAGAAUAUUCUAUAAAUAGUAUUAAUUAUUUAAAUGAAAAAACAUUGUUGAUAACAACUAAGUCAAAAGAUAAAUAAGUAAUAUUUUUUGAUGAAUAAGAUAAAUCUAUUCUUAUCUAGAAUGAACAUGAUGAAGAAUUGAGAGGUGCUGCAGUUAAUUAAAAAACAAAUAGCUAUCUUACAUACAGUGAUGAUAAAUCAAUUAGAUAUUAUCAGAAAUAAAAUUCAACUUAUUGUAUGAAAUUUUCAAUGUCACAAUUAUUAAAAUUUGAAUCAUAGGAUACAGUUGUUGAAAAUAGCACCAUAAUAUCCAAAAGUGGAAUAGAUUUAUUAUCGCUUUUUAAAAAUUAAAGAAUUGCUAUUCAAUGA